UCCAAGUCAUUCCUUCUUUCCUUCGCUGCUCAUUCCAAAUUCUUGACAAAAUGAGUGAUGCUUGUUUUACAGCAUCCCAUAAAAGGUUAGAAGGCAAAGUGGCAAUCGUGACAGGAGGUGCUAGCGGAAUAGGAGCAAGUACAGUCCAACUUUUCCAGGAACAUGGAGCCGAGGUUAUGAUUGCCGAUAUCCAAGAUGAACUAGGCCAAGCCAUUGCCGAUAAGCUUGGCAAAAACGUUAGCUACAUCCACUGUGAUGUAUCAAAUGAAGAUGACAUAAUCAAGCUUGUAGACACCACUAUCUCCAAAUAUGGAAAGCUAGAUAUAAUGUACAAUAAUGCAGGCCUUAUGGAACGGCCCCUGGGAACCAUCUUGGACUCCAAAAGAUCAGACCUAGAGCACAUUCUUGGGGUUAACUUGAUCGGUGCUUUCUUGGGAGCCAAACAUGCAGCUAGGGUAAUGAUGCCUCAACGUAAAGGCUGCAUACUCUUCACUGCUAGUGUUUGUACUUCAAUUGCUGGGCUUUCAACCCAUUCUUAUGCAGCUUCCAAAUAUGGAAUUUGGGGUCUGGCCAGGAACUUGACACCUGAGCUUGGACAGUAUGGUAUAAGAGUGAAUUGUGUCUCACCUUAUGGUCUGGUGAGUGGCAUGACUGGGAUAAAUAGUGAAGCUAACAGGCGCAAAGUGGAGGUCUAUUUGAGUGAGAUGGGUAAUCUGAAAGGCCAAAUUCUGAGAGCAGAUGGUGUAGCACAAGCUGCUCUGUACCUGGCUAGUGAUGAAGCUUAUUAUGUGAGUGGGCUUAACCUUGUGGUGGAUGGAGGGUUCAGUGUUGUGAAUCCGUCCAAGCACUUGGGGGCUUCAAAUCGUCCAAUAUUGAAAAAUUAGGUUAAUUAAUUGAAUCUCAGAGGUGUAAUUUUCAUGUAUGAACUUUGCGACAGUUUUUGCUAUUAGCUAGCUAAUUUACCAAAUAAAUGUUCUGAACCUAAUAUAUAAAUUAUGA